AUGUUCGGUUACGACCCGCUAUCUCGUAGUGUUAUUACUGGGUCAGCGCAUAGCGUAACGGCCUGUGAUUGGCUGCGCUUGAUUGUCUAUCCACAACUCGUCAGUUAUGGUUCCGUUAUUCGAUGGGUCCCAAAAAAAAGCAACCGACCACUUUUCUGGUCGGACCCCGUCCAAAAAAAAAAUUUCCAAGCAUGUUUCCACCGCUUCGCGCAGAAGAGAUCGCGGCACGCACCCGUGCGUGGAGAGGAGGGCUUCCCGACCGGAGAUAGGAUGCUGGCGAAGCGCGACCUCGGAGUGAUACUCCUCGCGUUACUCGGGGUGUACUUCUCCCUCCAGAACGAGGGCGUGGUCUCGUUCCAACGCGCGUGGCACGUCCCGGGUGACGCGUUGGGUGAGGACGACUUCGACGCUGAUCCGAUAUCGCACCGCGCCAAGGACGCGCACGCCCCGAGGCCCGUGUUCUUCGACCUGAACGGCGACGGUCGCAACGAGGUCAUCGUCGCGUCUAGCUCUGAGCCCGAGAUCCGCAUCGCGUCCCCGCCCGCCGGGAAGAGGGAGGCGCCCGGAGUCUCGUCAGACCGAGAUUCGCGGCUCGAGGGUUCGGGGCGAUCCGUGAGGGACGACGACGACGACGAGUACGCGUGGAGGGACGGAUGGAUCCCCGCGCGGACCGUCGCAUCCGCCAGCCUGAUGCCCUCGAACGUGCGCGUCGCCGCGGGCAGGCGCGCGGUCGCACUCGCCGCGGGGCACAUCGACCCGCCCGUCGCGAAGGAUGCGUCUGUGAAAAAAACCAACAAGGGCGUCGUCGUCGUCGUCACCGCCGCGUGGCACGUCCUGUGCUUCGACCACAACCUCAAGCUCAUGUGGGAGAACUCACUCCAAGCCGAGUUUCCGAGGCAUGCGCGCGUCGCGGAGGUGGCCGUGCUCGUCAGCAACGCCACCAUGUUCGAGGGCGACAGGGGAAGCGUCGUCGUCGGCGGCAGAGUCGAACUCGGCGACUUGGAUUCGGACGACGAGGAUCCCCUCGAGGAGGAGCUGGCGCACGAGGACAUGAUGCUGGGGCACAGGGGCGGACGCAGGGUCGCGCCGGACGAUCUGGCCGACGCCAACGAGGUCCUCCACGGGCGCGGCAGGAAGGGGAAGGGCGUCGGCGUGGACAGGAGCCGGCACUUCAACUACUACGCCUUCGACGGAGCCACCGGGUCGACGCGGUGGAAACACGAGUCGGAGGACUUUCACAGGGAUCUGGACGGCCUCGCGGACCGUCUGACGCCGCAGCACAACUACAGGCUCACGGCGCAGGCGUCGAGCGGGCACCACUACGGCGAGGUGGCGUGCAGGGACUUUCGGGAGAGCGUGGUGGUCAACGCGUUGCCGCACGCGUGGCGGGAGCGCGAAGACACCGCGCUCCGGCUGGCGCACUUUCGACACCACCGAACGGCAAAGGGAGCGAGGGUUUCCAAGGUGGGAUCCGGGCGCCGCCCGGCGGUUGGCGCGGCGGGAGGUGCCGAGGGUGCCGAGCACACCAACCCCGUCGCGCGCGCCCUCGCCGGGGCGAUCAACGCCGCGUGGCGGGGAAACGGCGCCCCCCCCGCUCCCGAUCGACGCGGCGGCCGCGGGCACUCGCCCGACGGCCAGAUCGGCGCGAAGCACCGCGCGCCCCCCAACGUCAUCGUCGCGCACCAGGAGGGCGGCGUCGAGGUCAUCCACCUGUACAGCGGGAAGACCCUGUGCAAGAUGGCCAUGCCCCCCGGCGGCCUGCACGCGGACAUAAACGGCGACGGGGUCGUGGACCACGUGCAGGCGCACGGUUCGGAGGGAGUCGACGCGGGUGGGCACCCGGUGACGGGCGCGGACGGCAAACCCGCGCCCGACUGCUGGGCGCAGGCCACGUCGGGGGUACCCGUGCGCGAACACCUGUUCGGGGGAAGCGUGUGCAGGGGAAGCGCGGGGGUGGUGAGGCACGGGAGCGGCCACUUCAAGGGGGAACCCGGCGGCGGAUACGUGUCCAACCGAGCGGUUCAGAUCGUCGCCCCGGCGCAGCUUCGCAGGGGGGAGGAAAAGAUCGUGCGAUCCCUGCGCAGGGCGGUGAAGGACGUGGUGUUUUUGAACAGCAGGGGCGAGGUGACGUGCUACGGGCACGACGGCACCAGGCGGUGGCAGCAGCGCACGGACGCUUCGUGGGCGCCUGGGGACCCGGGCGUCGUCGCCAGCCUGGCGUCUUUUCCACUCCGGGUGGGCGGCGCCUCCGAGGUGGUGCUCGCGGGUGGGGCGACGCACGCGGCGCUGCUCACGCCCUCGGGGUACAGGCUGAACGCGUUCAAGCUCCCGGGUAAGCCCGUCGCGGCGCUGCUCGUCGUGGACGUGGACGGGGACGGGUUGAACGACGUGGUGGCUCGGACCAAAGACGGGGACGUGUACGCGUGGCGGCAGCGGAGUCACCCGGGUCUGGCGCCGUUCACGUUUUUGCUCGGGGCGCUGGCGGUGGCGGUGGCGGCGGCGUUCGUGACGCAGAUGUCCACGACGGACGAGGCGGGGCGGAUCGUGCGGUCGACGGACGUGGACGAGCACGAAUCGGCCAAGGAUAGCCCCGACACGCACCGCACGCGCAUGACCGCGGGUCGCGCCCUGGUUCGUCACCUGCGCGCCGCGCGGGGCAUCACGAGCCUCCGCGCGGGCGCUUCCGGUGCGUUCGCUCGUCUCUCGCCGCAUCCCGCGCACGCCCCGUGGACGACGCCCCGCCAAAACGGCGGUCAUGACCACCUCGAGUGUUUUGCGGGUCCCGGGUCGGGCGUCUCCCGCGCGCGCGGGUUCAGCGCGGGUCCCUCGGAGAAGAAAGGCGACGACGCCGCGGGCGAGGGUGACGACGUCAAGGUGGACGCGCAUCCCGCCGAGCCCGAGGCCAAAUCCGAAGUCACCGUAAUGCGACCGUCCAUGUGGAUCAUACCUUCGCUCAUGUACCGAGCUUUACGCGCGAGGCUGGAUAUGUGGUGGGUUCGUGUGAUGGUGGAUCCGCACUUCGACGAACGCGAGUUCCUCACCGGCGCCAUCGGCGCCCACGAGGUGGUGCUGAAAAACUUCGCCGCGAACGACAUGAGGGCGCUGGGCGCCAUGCUCACCGAUCGCGCCCUCGCCGCCUUCCGGGACGCGUUCAUCGAGGCGGAUCGCGGCAACGUCACGUUGAACGUCGACGUGGAACGAAACGAGAACCCCAUCAUCGUGGAGCUGUCGAUACGGAUAAACGACGACGUGCCGGACGCGCGGGCGGAGGAGGUGAUGGAGCGCGUGCGCGCCAGCAUCAGCUCGUACGGCGGCGCCGCCGGGAUGGGGGGUUCCACGCGGGGCGGCGAGAAUGACGGCUCCGACUCGGCUCGGUUCGACGCGGGUGAGGACGAUUUGCUCAGGCUGCGGGUCGGGGUGAGGUUCAACAGCCGGGAGCUGUGGACGAUGACGGACAAGGUGAGCGGGCGUAAGUCGUACAGCAUGGACCUUCGGGGGCACACGUUCUAUUUCGGGAGGGCGCUGCCGAGGUUCCUGCCCGCGACGGCGCCGCUGACGAGCCCGUGGAUGCUCGAGGAUGUCAAGUGAGACGUCCAGCGAGACCCGACGCGUUUACGGAGAGAUAGUCUUGUCGAAAUUACGAGCGGUUAGUCUACUCCCCGGCGGGCUGCACGCCGCGCUUGAGCAGC